GGUCUUUAUUUCAAACAGCCACCUGCGUAUCUUGAAACAACAACAGAUAGCUCAUUUUUCUGAGAACAAAAAAUAACAGACACUUUUCUGUUUGUGGCGUGAUACAGAAUUUAGGCCAAGGUGGUGUAGGUUUUUAAAAGUAAAAUGAUCCGUCACGUGAUCCGGUGCCCGUAUCUUGACAGCAGUAUUAAGGAGACGAUAAUCCACAUAAAUAGGUUAUCGACGAUAUAUAGCGUCUGUCUACAUUAUCAGCCUAUAUGUCAGUAUUUUCUACUUGAUCGGGCACCUGUCGAGUUGUAGACUAACAGCAACGUAAGAAGAGGAUGGCGGACACGCCGGAAGGACACAAGUACGAAGAAGGUACAUCUUCCUGGGUUACAGAGAGUAUAAAAAAGGAGUUUGAUGAUAAUGGCUUCAUUAUCGUGCGAAAUCUUCUGAGUUCAGAAGAAUUAAAGCGCGUGAAGGAUGCUCUGGAGACUGACGGUCGCAUAUUGCAGUACCGCCUUGGUCGUGAUGAUGGGAAGGGACGGAGGGUAAAUAUGACGUUAUGGAAUCACCCCGGGGAGGACAUAACAGGAAUGGUGGCCAGGUCUGAAAAAGUCGUCAACGCCAUGGAAACGUUUUUGGAUGGUGAAGUGUACCAUUAUCACACCAAGCUGAUUCAGAAGGACGCUCACACUGGUGGAUCGUUUGUCUGGCAUCAGGAUUAUGGUUAUUGGUACCAUAAUGGCUGCCUGUUCCCAGACAUGGCAACUGUCUUCAUAGCAAUAGAUCGUGCUGACAGGAAUAACGGAUGCCUUCAGAUUCUGCCUGGAUCGCACAGGCUGGGCCGCAUUGAUCACGUGCCAAUCGGAAACCAAACCGGUGCCGAUCUUGAACGUGUGAAACAAGCCUCCAAGGUUUUGCCCUUGACCUACGUAGAAUUAAACCCAGGAGACGCAGCGUUCUUUCACUGUAACCUUCUUCACACCAGUGACCAGAACAACAGUGAUAGACGCCGCUGGGGACUUGUUUGUUGCUACAACAGCGCAAGAAACAACCCCGUGAUAGCGCACCAUCACCCGCAAUAUACGCCACUGAAGAAGGUUCCAAACAAGGCAAUUCUUGAAUGCCCCUUGAUGGCUGACAAAUCAGAGGAAACGAAAUGGUUUUAUAAAGAAACCGAUUCAUCUCCCCAAGGAUUGGCCGUGAAGGCAAGCAGAUGAGUUAAAGCAUUCUGAUGGACACCU